AUGCUCAAGAAUACUGUCUUCCUUGCGGUUCUGCUUGCGCAGAACUUGUCAUUCACAGUAGCUCUCCCGUCUCCCAAUGAGGAAGAGGCCAGGGUAGCGGCAGCGGAGAAUGGUCACGGUGGUGGUGACAACAUUAUUGACUGUGACAUUACUGUCGCCACCGUUACUGAUUAUAUCCCCGGCCCUACGGCGACCAUUACUGUCAUUACAACCGACAUCAUUGAGCCGACUGCUGACUGCCCGACUGAUGUCCCUGUCCCCACGCAGACCAUUACGGCGCCUGGCCCAACUGAGACUAUCACAGAACCGGGCCCGACUGAGACGAUCACCGAGCCUGGCCCAACUGAAACUGUGACGGAGCCACCGGUGACUGAGACAGACACUAUCACGAUUACUAUAGACCCCGGCACGGUGACAGGCACAGAGACAGUGACAGAGACGGACACAAUUACCGAGUCGGUGACGGUUACUCAAACGACGACAGAAGUGACCACCACUACCUCUUGCCCGACGGACACCCCGACAGGAGGACCGGACACGGGUGACUGCACACCCCCAACCAUUAGCUAUUAUCCAGACCGCGACCCCAAUCAGGCCUUCCAGAUCGAUGAUACUGACAUUUACGGCCAUGGAACUUCAGCCUUGAUCAGCACGCUUACCAGCCAUACUUGCAACCAGCUGAGAAGCCCAUGCAAUGCUGCCGCAACAACUGUGCAGUAUUGCUGGUCGGCAGCUGCAAUGGUCGAUGCUAGCGGUUUGCAAGGCGAGGCGCAGGCUGAGUAUUGGAACUCAUUCUGGACCUAA